AAAUUCAAUUGAUAAACAUUAACAUACCCAAACAGUAAUAAAUGUAUGACCUUUCAUUGGACAACCCCAUAAAAAAACACUCAAAAAAAAAUUUGAGUUACGCAUAUAAGAAACGAAUAUAAUUACAUCAAAAUUAAAAAAAAAAAAAAUUGAAACCUAAUAAAAGGGAUCUUGUCACUGGCGUUAAUUAGUCCUCUGCUUUUCUGCUCCUACUUCUGCUUCAAUGGGUUUAAGUGGAUGCCUCUCCUCUUCGGACGAUGUAGUGAUCAAGCCUCCAAAUGACCGGCGGCUGUACAGAGUAAUCCAACUUCAUAACGGUCUCUGUGCUUUGCUUGUUCACGAUCCCGAGAUUUAUCCCGACGGACUCCCGGAAGCUUCCAACAGCGACCCAGAAGAAGAAGACCAAGACGAAGAAGAAGAAGAGGAAGAUGAAGGAGGGGACAGUGACGAGGAAUUUCAAGAAGAAGAAGAAGACGACGACGACGACGACGACGGAGGUGCCGACGAUGAAGAGGAGGAGGAUAGUAAACCAAGAGAAAAGGGAGCUUCUUCUCAGACUAAAAAGGCAGCAGCUGCAAUGUGUGUAGGAAUGGGCAGCUUCUCUGAUCCUGUUGAGGCACAGGGCCUUGCUCAUUUUCUAGAACAUAUGCUUUUCAUGGGGAGUGCUGAUUUUCCGGAUGAAAACGAGUAUGAUAGUUACUUGUCCAAGCAUGGAGGCUCCUCUAAUGCAUAUACUGAAGCAGAGCAUACCUGCUAUCAUUUUGAAGUAAAACGAGAGUUUCUUAGAGGCGCGCUGAAAAGAUUUUCUCAGUUUUUUAUUUCACCCCUUGUGAAACGUGAAGCCAUGGAACGGGAGGUACUUGCUGUUGAUUCAGAAUUUAACCAGGUUUUGCAAAGUGAUGCUUGCCGUCUUCAACAACUUCAGUGUCAUACAUCUGGACAAAGUCAACCCUUUAACAGAUUCUUUUGGGGGAACAAGAAAAGUCUAGCAGAUGCUGUGGAAAAGGGGAUCGACCUACGUGAACGGAUACUUAAACUGUACAACGACUAUUACCAUGGUGGAUUAAUGAAGUUAGUGGUUAUUGGCGGGGAGCCUUUGGAUGUAAUUCAGAGCUGGGUAAUGGAGUUGUUUGCUGAUGUCAGACAAGGUCCUCGAGCACAGCCGAAGUUUACAGUGGAAGGUCCUAUCUGGAAAGCUGGCAAACUUUAUAGGUUAGAGGCAGUCAAGGACGUUCAUAUCCUUGACUUAACAUGGCCACUUCCUUGUCUUCGCCCAGACUAUCUGAGGAAACCUGAAGAUUAUUUGGCUCAUCUUCUUGGGCACGAGGGGAGAGGAAGCCUGCAUUCCUUUCUCAAAGCUAGAGGAUGGGCCACAUCUCUAUCUGCUGGUGUUGGAGAUGAAGGAAUGCUGCGAUCUUCUGUAGCUUAUAUGUUUGUCAUGUCCAUACACCUUACUGACUCUGGCUUGGAAAAGAUUUAUGAUAUUAUUGACUAUGUUUAUCAAUACCUUAAAUUAUUGCGCCAACUUUCUCCCCAAGAAUGGAUAUUUAAGGAACUGGAGGACAUUGGGAAUAUGGAGUUUAACUUUGCGGAGGAACAACCUCAGGAUGAUUAUGCUGCAGAACUUGCAGAGAAUUUGCUUGUUUAUCCAGCUGAACAUGUUAUUUAUGGGGACUAUGUUUACAAGGUGUGGGAUGAGGAAAUGAUAAAACAUGUUCUGAGUUUGUUCACACCAGAAAACAUGAGGAUUGAUUUAGUAACGAAGACCUUCAUUAAGUCACUAGAUUCCCAAUAUGAACCUUGGUUUGGAUCAUAUUAUACUGAGGAAGAUAUUCCCUUGUCUUUGAUGGAAUUGUGGAGAGAUCCCCCAGAAAUUGACGUUUCUUUGCAUCUUCCUUUGAAGAAUGAGUUUAUUCCAUGUGAUUUUUCAAUUCGAGCUGAUAAUGCAUCUCUUCAUCUGGCAAACCAGUCAUAUCCAGUUUGCAUUAUUGAUGAACCAUUAAUGAAGCUCUGGUACAAGCUUGACAGCACUUUUAAACUCCCCCGUGCAAACACAUAUUUUCGAAUUAAUCUCAAGGGAGGAUACAAUAAUGUCAAGAGUUGUCUUUUGACUGAACUUUUUGCUCACCUUCUUAAAGAUGAGCUGAAUGAGAUUAUAUAUCAGGCCAGUGUUGCCAAGCUAGAAACUUCAGUUUCUAUUUUUAGUGACAAACUAGAGCUAAAGGUUUAUGGUUUCAAUGAUAAACUUCCUGCUCUCCUGUCCAAAGUUUUGGUGAUUGCAAAAUCAUUUUCACCUACUGGUGAUCGUUUCAAGGUUAUUAAGGAGAGUAUGGAGAGAACUUUGAGAAAUACCAAUAUCAAACCUCUAAAUCAUUCAUCGUACUUGAGACUGCAACUCCUAUGUGAGAGUUUCUAUGAUGUAGAUGAAAAGCUCCAUUUUCUGAACGAGGUGUCUCUCGCUGAUUUGAAGGCCUUUAUCCCUGAGCUGUAUUCUCAGAUAUACAUAGAGGGCCUUUGCCAUGGAAAUUUGUUAGAAGGAGAAGCUCUUAGCUUGUCAAAUAUUUUUAAAAGUAACCUUUCCAUACAACCACUACCACUUACAAUGAGGCAUGGAGAGCAUGUACUAUGUUUUCCUUGUAGUGCCAACCUUGUGAGAGAUGUCAGCGUAAAGAAUAUGUCUGAAACCAACUCUGUGGUUGAGCUAUAUUUCCAAAUUGAGCCAGACAUGGGGGCAGAAGCAGUGAAAUUAAAGGCCUUGAUAGAUCUUUUUGACGAGAUUGUGGAGGAACCACUUUUCAAUCAGCUAAGGUGAUUAUUUCUACCGUUUUAAUGAUGAAGGCCAAGAUUUUAAAAUAUCAUGCCAUGGCUAAACGAACCCAAGGAAAUGCUAAUCUAUUGUCAUCUUAAUGUUUGUUUUUUUCUUGUCUCCUUGGUGCAAGAAAAAGUGAUCACUUUG